AUGACACAGAAUGGGCCUGAUUCUGAAGAGGAAAGCUCAGAUUCAGAUAGUGAAUCUGAAUCGUCAUCUUCUGAUUCUGACGACGAUGAAAUCACAGAUGCAUCCCCGGCUAAAGCAGGCGUUAUCGAGCGAAUCUCGCUAAAGAAUUUCAUGUGUCACGAUUCGUUUGAACUCGAGCUUGGGCCCCAAAUCAACUUUAUCAUUGGAAGAAAUGGGUCAGGAAAAAGUGCCAUUUUGACCGGAAUAUCUGUCGGACUAGGAGCAAAAGCUUCCGACACUAAUCGUGGGACGUCCAUCAAGUCGUUUAUUAAAGACGGGAAAUCAACAGCGAGAGUCACGAUAGUAUUUUUGAAUGAGGGCCCCGAAGCAUAUAGACCCGAGGAAUUCGGCAAGAGGAUUAUUAUAGAGAGGAAGCUCCAGCGAAUUGGAGGAAAUACCUACGCCAUCAGAUCGCAUUCUGGUAGGACGAUUUCGACCAAGAAAGCCACUCUAGACGAAAUCUUGUACAAAUUCAGCAUCACUAUAGACAACCCCUUAGCAUUUUUGUCACAAGAUAAGGCUCGUGAAUUUUUGAUGAACACUUCAGACGAGCAGAAAUACAGUCUUUUCAUGUCCGGAGCAUUUAUUACGAACAUUAUAGACAAUUUUGGCAGAACACUGAAGAACAUAGCUGAAAUCAAUUCCAAAAUUGUGCAAGCACAACAUUAUAGAAAGGCAUGUAAAGAUAGCUACAACGAGAUUGCCAGCAUAUACAACCGACACAAGAAGUCUGAUUACUUGAGAAACAAACUUCAGAUGCUUUAUGGGAAAAUCCUCUGGUAUAAUGUGACUACAAUAGAGAAAAAGGUAAAUUCAUACGAGGAACAAGCUAUUUCUUUAAAAGAAGAAAUCAAAUCUGCAGACGAUAAGAUUGUUGAAUGCAACGAAUUUAUAGAGAAUGCACCAGAAGAGAUAGCUGUGUUGGAGAAAGACCUUACAGAUAAGGAGUUAUCUCUAGAUGACUUACUGGAGAAGCAUUCCAAGACCAACGACACCAGGCAAGAUGCAAAGAAUACAAGUAGCCAAUUGUUGGAGGAGUGUAAGGAAAAUGCAAAAGUGAUCCAGUCUUUGCAAGAAAAGAUAGAGACAAGAACCAAAGAUAUCGAGAAAGAGCAACGAAAGAUUGACGAAAUAAAUGGGGGAUCAAGAGAAAAGCUAAGACUAGAAUAUGAUGAAUUGAGUGCAGAAAUACAAAAUAUCGAAGAGCAACUAACUGGGAUAAAAAGAACUAUUGAAAUUACGAAGUCUUCUGCAAACCCUAAUAUGGACAGUCACAAGUCCACACUUAAAGAUCGUAUGUCUCAACUAGAAUCUCUUCAAAAGAGAAGGCAAGAUUCCCAACGGGCCCAGAAGGACAGGUAUUUUGCAUGGGGCAGGGAAAUGAGCAAUGUAAUACAAAGAAUUCGAAGUACGAAUACCUGGCACAAACUACCAAUUGGACCAUUGGGAGCCGAUGUAGAAGUGAAAUCAGAAUACAGCAAGUGGAGCGCUUUGAUAAACACAGUUCUUAAUAGAAUGCUCGACUCGUUCAUAGUCUGCGAUGAGCACGACAGAAGACUAUUGGAAAGUAUACUAGCGCAUUAUUCGAUGAAAAAAACCAUUAUUGUCAGGAAGUUUGAAAGUUUUGACUUUUCCAAUGGUAAGGUGUCUGGACAUCCUACUUUUGUAGAUAUGAUAACAUGCAAGAAUGAAGAAGUAUUGCGAGCAUUGGUUGAUAGUAUGAAUAUCGAGAAACUUGUCAUCAGUGAUAAAAAUGAAAGCCCAUCGUCAAUUCUUAACGAAAGAAACGUAAUGAGUGUUUUCACACUAUCAACUGUCAAUUCUGGUACUCGGUACGGUAAAGCAGGAGAUACUAUUCGAAUGGAUCCUGUUUACUAUUCCAAGGACAUUGUAAAAUUAGCUGUUACAGGAGCUGAUGAACUUCAUGAUGUAGUUAGCUUAAUCUCGGAGGAAAAGCUUCAGAUCGACAUACUACAGAAAAGACUUCGAGAGAUGCAAUCCCAUCAUCAGAAUGAAAUCGUUAAUCUUGAAAAGAAAAAGAAUGAAUUCAACGAAGUUAUCAGAAGAAAGAAGCGGAAAUUGGACGAAAUAGAAUCUAAGAUUAAUGAAGAAGGUGAUCUUUCCAACAUCGAGAAAUACAAAAGUGAAAUUGAAGCACACAAAGACCAAAUCAAAACUAGGGAGGGGGUUAUAGAGGCGCUUACGGAAGACUUGGAGUCCCGAAACGAAAUCUUGAAGAAACUAAAGGAAAGUGUUAAAGAGCUUAAAGUUCAGUUAACCGAAGCUACAGCAGCUAGAGAUAGAGCAAAGAAGAACUUGCAUGAUUAUGAGGUUGAACUUUCUACAAACAAAGAUAAUAGAGUGAGUUAUUUGUCCGAAAAGAAAAAAAUCGAGACCCAAUUGGAAAAGACAAAUGCUAAAAUAGAAGAAGGAAACAACAAACUCCAACAGUUGAUUGAUGAGGCAGAGAAGAAAUGCAGAAGAGAGGAAGUGACGAUCACUUCCAAUGACACGCAAGAUUCCAUUCGUGAUGAAUAUGCUCUAGUACAAACACAAGUCAAAGAAGCAGAGAAACAGAUUGGCAAACCAUUCGAGGAGAUCCAGAAUGAUUUGAUCGAAGCAAAAGAAAGGCAGAGAUUAGCAGAGGAAAGUUUAAAAAACUUGUCCAGGACUUAUAAGAGCUUGGAUUCGGAUUUGAAAAUCAGAUUUAAUUUCGUUCAUACCACUAUAUUGUCAAGUGUCGAACAGGCUUCCAGAACCUUCGAAAACUGUAUGGCUCUUAGAGGGUUUAAAGGCUCACUUAGUUUUGACCAUGGAGAGAGAAAAUUGACUCUUCUUGCCCAAACGAAAAGCGACGACAAACAACGUGAAGUGACCUCGUUGUCCGGAGGUGAGAAAUCGUUUGCCCAAAUCUCGUUGUUGUUGUCAAUUUGGAAGGUUAUGGAUUCCAAGAUUCGGGGAUUAGACGAAUUCGAUGUCUUUAUGGAUUCCGUGAACAGGUCCAUCAGUAUCAAACUCUUGUUGAACGAACUUAGACAGUAUCCGAAGUCUCAGAACAUCUUUAUUACACCUCAGGAUAUUGCCGUUGUUGGUGAUUUGAAUAGUAGUGAUGUAAAGAUUCAUAAGAUGUCUGAUCCGAGAAAAGACACUUGA